GUAGUUUCUUCUUCAGCCCUCUCCCCCCUCCCCCUGCGCAGCGGCCGCAAACUCACUGAUGCGCCUGCAGCCUCUCGGAGUUCCUGCUGCUCUAAACAUUAAAAUAAUUAUUUCAUUUUCUGUUACUCACUUCUGAUUACCUUCAAUGGUGUCUGUUUGUUGCAACCACCAGGUACAAAGUUAUUGGAGGACAAAACAGGUAUAAGAUGAUGAAUCAGAAUCUCCGUAUCAAGAGAGAUGUUCAGCAGUUGAUGCUGAUUUAAAAAGCAGCUCCUGAUCAACUGAGGUCUGGUGUUAACCAGAAGGAUCUGGAGCCCUUCAACACGACAGAAGAAAUGUGGGAACAGCUUAAUGAGAUGGAAACUGAUGCCACCGGGACUUCAUUCUCUGCAGUUUCUUGCCAGUUUGAGGAAGAAAAAGUUCAGUUGCCACAGUUUGAUCAGCACCAACCUAAAGACAGAGACCUUUCAACCAGAAGCACCACUGACCAGAUGAAAGCAGCAAGUGGUGGAGAGGACUGUGGAGGAGCAGAAAGUACCAGGAGUCCAGAUCUAAAUCCUUAUGAAGAUGAUUCCCACUCUUCAGAGACUGAAGUCAGUGAGGAUGAAGAUGACCAGGAUGGGAACAAUUCUUACUGUCAACUGAAACUCUUCUCAGACUCUGAGCCUAAAACUGAAGACAAUAACAAAGACCAGAAUGAGAGCAGGUCUUCUAAAUCAGAUGUUAAGGCAGUCAAAUCUUUUCACUGCCCUGAAUGUGGUAAAGAAUUUCUCUAUGAGCGGUCUCUCCAGAAACAUGUAAGAGUGACAAGUCAUUCAGGAAUGAAGUCUUCUGGCUGUUGGGUUAAUAAGAAACAUGUCAGAGUGAAGAAAAAUGUAGACUCAUGCAGGGAAAUCCAGACAAAACAAAAAUAUUUUAGUUGUGAUGAUUGUGGAAAAAUAUUUAGCAGAUCACAUUUAAACACACACAUGAGAGUCCACACAGGAGAGAAGCCUUUUACUUGUGAGCUCUGUGGGAAUAGAUUUAGUAAAAAGGGAAGUUUAAACAGACAUAUGAGAGUCCACACAGGAGAGAAGCCCUUUGCUUGUGAGCUCUGUGGACAAAGAUUUAGCCAAAAGGGUUGUUUAAACAAACACAUGAGAGUCCACACUGGAGAUAAGCCUUUUGCUUGUGAGCUCUGUGGAAAUAGAUUUAGUGAAAAGGGAAGUUUAAACAGACAUAUUAGAGUCCACACAGGAGAAAAGCCCUUUGCUUGUGAGUUCUGUGGACAAAGGUUUAGCCUAAAGGAUCCUUUAAACAAACACAUGAGAGUCCACACAGGAUGGAAGCCUUUUGCUUGUGACCUCUGUGGGAAUAGGUUUAGUGAAACGGGAAGUUUAAACAGACACAUGAGAGUCCACACAGGAGAGAAGCCCUUUGCUUGUGAGCUCUGUGGACAAAGAUUUAGCCUAAAGGAUAGUUUAAACACACACAUAAGAGUCCACACAGGAAAUAAGCCUUUUGCUUGUGAGUUCUGUGGGAAUAGAUUUAGUGAAAAGGGUCAUUUAAACAACCACAGGAGAGUCCACACAGGAGAGAAGCCCUUCGCUUGUGAGCUCUGUGGACAAAGAUUUAGCCAAAAGGGUAAUUUAAAGACGCACAUGAGAGUCCACACAGGGAACAAUGCAUCCAUUUAAUUACAAGUGUUCCUGUUGUUUUCAUGUUCUUAAUGCGAGUCUUGGCUGUUCUAUUGAUGCAGAUUACCCUAGAUUAUCAAAAUAAAAUUUCACCAGACUUUAUUUAUUCUUUAUUUAACCAGGAAGAUCCCAUUGAGAUUAAAAACUUCAUUUUCAAGGGCGUCCUGGCCAAGGGGCAGCAAAAAUUAGUCAUAAAAUUUCUGUUAGACAAAUAGUUAUAUACAGACUUAUAGAAGGCAGUUGUAACACAGGGAAUCUGUCUCAAGUGUUCUCAAUCUGGUUUUAAAUGUGUGAAGGAGUUAGGCUCGGUUAAUUUCCUGUCAUCUGUUCCAUGAAGAAGAAGCAGAGUGAACAAAAGCCCUUUUGAUACUCUAUAAGAAGGGCCAAAGCCACCUUCUGAGGAGGCUGAGGUCCUUCUGAGUUAAUUCCCAUCCGCUAAACUCUUUACCGUUCUGUUGUUGGCUUUGUUCAUUCUGCUGUGGCCUGUUGGGGUGCAGGCAGCUAUGACCGAGACAGGACGGGACUGAAGAGCUAGUUCGGAAAGCUAGCACCGUUCUGCUUUGCCCACUGGAUUCUUUUUAUUGGGCCUGGCAUGAAAUCAAUUAAACUUGUCUGAUAAUUUCCUGGUUGAUUAAGCAGCUGAGGGCAUUGUUAAUCACUUUCAGCUGUAUUGGUGUUCAUGGACUUAACGACAGGUGCACUAAAGUGGCAACAAUUACUGGUUUAACAUGUAGAGGUCUUUUCUAGUUUCUCCCUCUUGAUCUUUUUCAGCUGGUUUUCCACUCGUGCUAGUUUUGGCUCACUACUGGCAGUAUGAGAGCAUUCCUUAACCCUACAGAAGUUGCACUGGUUAUCCAACUUCUCCAGCAUGGCACAUCCACACGUGCUGCAGCAAGAAGGUUUAAUGUGUCUCCCAGCACAAUCUCCAGAACAUGGAGAUUUCAGGAGACUGGCGGUUAUUCUCGGAGAGCUGGACUGGGCCGUAGAAGGUCCACAACCCAUCAGCAGGACCGAUACCUGCUCCUUUGUGCAAGGUGGAACAGGCUGAGCACUGCUCGUGCCCUACAGAAUGACCUUCAGACGAGAGCAGGUUCACCCUGAGCACCUGUGAUAGACGUGAAAGAGUCUGGAGAAGACGAGGAGAACGUUAUGCUGCCUGCAAUGUCGUUCAACAUGACAGGUUUGGUGGUGGGUCAGUGAUGGUCUUGGGAGGCAUAUCCAUGGAGGGACGCACAGACCUCUACUGCCUAGGAAAUGGUGCUCUGACUGCCAUAAGGUAUUGAGAUGAAAUCCUUGAACCCUUUGUCAGACCCUACUAGGGAUGAGCCGGAUAUUCGUUUCAGACGAGUAUCUGGUACGGAUAAAGCAUUUUUGACGAAUACGAGCAUGAAACGAGUAAACCUCGUAAAUAUCAGUAAUCGUGCUGAAGGAAAAUCCUCAUUGGGUAACUGACUGUCUUCACGCUCUGUGAUUGGCCAGUCACAUAGAGCGCCCACCCCUCCCUACACAUAAAACUCUAGCCGGCCGGGAGUGCAGUCCGGCAGGCUCAUCCACGCACACACACAGACAGUAACGGAUCUCGCUGUAGUUGCUUCAUUGUUGCUCACGUUUCUUCAGUUUUCCCUAGGUUUUCUUCAGCUCGCCUCUUUUUUGGUUGAAUAUUUAAAGUUACUUUUUCAUAACUUACAUGGUUUAUUUGAAAAGACAGAGCUGACGUGCUGCAUCAGUCACUCACUACCUCCGCUCCGGUUGGGUUUUUUAUUUUUUUUAACUCCCUUCUCUCCCUCUCACCCUCUCUAUCUCUCUCUCUCUCACACACACACACACACACACACCUUAAUCAACAUUGUUUUGUUUAACUUUGUGUGGGGCAAAAUGCCAAGAACGUCAAGAAAAAAAUCUGUUUAAUCAAAUUAAAAUGAAAAAAUAUAAAGUUGUGUCUGGUUCUAGCAUUUCAUAUUUCCUAGUUCCUACUGCAUGAGUUCAGAUGUAUUAAUCCAUGCACCUAAAUAUUAAUGUUCUGAUUUUAUUGAAAAACUUGUUCCGUAAUAGUUUCUUUACUAUUGUGGUCAAAAAUAUUUAAUCUAAAUUCUAAGGCUGCUCUGUAAAUAGUUUUCAAAUAAACAAUACACAUAUCAACUUCUGAUCAUUCUAUAUCAUUUUCAGACUUAAAAUAAUAUAUUGAUGUAAACCACACCCACUUCCAGGUUAUGUCACACCCACUUCUGGGUUAUGUCACGCCCAUUCCGAGUACAGAUAAUUUAGUUGGUUGAACAGAUACAGAUAGUGGUGUACUCGCUCAUCCCGCUGAUGCAGUAGGUCCUGGUUUUCUCCUAAUCCACAACAAUGCCCGGCCUCAUGUGGCAAGAGUAUGCAGGCAGUACCUGCAGGAUGAAGGAAUUGAAACAGUUGAAUGGCCUUCACGAUCCCCUGACUUAACCCAAUAGAACAUCUGUGGGACAUCAAGUUUUGGUCCAUUAGGCGGCGCCAAGUUGCUCCUCAGACUGUACAAGAGCUCAGGGAUGCCCUCACACAGAUCUGGGAGGAAAUGCCACAAGUCUAGCCUGGCAAGCCAGACUAAAUAAAUGUAUUAUUUAGUCUGGCCAUGCUCCAUUGACGGCUCUCGGUUGUGGGGCGGGUUCUACCGUUGUCUUUCAAAUGAUCUCCACAUUCCACUGGACAAUGAAUGUGACAUACUCUUGUUUCACUCUGUUGCAUCAUCCCACCCACCAGGCAUAUAGAGUGACCUGAUUGGCCCACAAAGCGGAUAAAGCUCUGUGAUUUGUUCACUAAGCAGAUAGAGCACCAUGAUUGGUCCACCAUUAUGGACCAAUCACAGCUCUUUAUGUGUUUGAAACCCCUCUAGAGAGCUGUGAUUGGCUAGCCAGAGUCCUGGUAGGAGCUGCAGAGGUUCCAAUGGAGCGUGCCUAGACCAAACUUUGCAAAGCAAGAAUUUGGCCUAGUUCACUAGACUACCACAAGACACCAUCCGUUGUCUCAUUAGGAGCAUGCCCUGACGUUGUCAAGCAUGCACACAAGCUCGUGGGGGCCACACAAGAUACUGAAAAGCAAUUUGAGUUGCAGAAAUUUAAGUUUUUGAAAUAAUGGACUAGCCUGCCACAUCUUCAUUUCACUCCGAUUUUAGGGUGUCUACACAACUGAGCCCUCUGUAGGCUGAUAACUUUUAUUUCCAUUAAAAUACUUGACAUCCUUUUGUUCCUAAGACAUUGCCCUGUCGUUAUUUGUAUAGAUAUCCAACUUCAUAUUGAGAUCUGAUGUAUCUAAUUUGUUUUUUUUAAAGUGUUCCUUUAAUUUUUGUGAGCAGUGUAUUAUACUUUCAGAUGCCAGCACUGUUUAUGGUGAUUUUAUUUAUGUUGGGAUUUUUCCUCUUUCUUUACUCGUGUAAAAUUAGGAGCAGAACCUUUGCAAUUUAAUUGUGCUGGCACCACUUCCUGUUCUUGGGCAUGGCAGUAGAACUUUCUAAUUCUAAUUAGUUUGCAUUAUUAUAAUUUAGGUAUUUUCUAUUUCCUAUAUUUUUAGUUUAUAAUUAUUUCAGUGUAACGUAGCUCAUGAAAUGUAAUGUGAUGUGUGGGAUGUUGUGAUGGAAGCUAGAUGUUUUAGUAAAACCGUUCUUUGUUUCUGAA